UAUUCAAAACCCUUUCCCCCAAGUUUCAUCCUUCCAUAAAAGAAACGAAAAAAGAAAAAUUCAAAUCAACAAUCAGCAUCGGCUCCCCUCUCCCCAUUUCUCUCUCGCAUAUGCGAUACAGAUACACAUAUAUCCGUCACAUAUAUACCUCUGAAGGAUUUUGUCUGGUCGGGAGUGGCGGCGAAGAUGAGCGGCAGCAAGAGCAGCAGCAGCAAGAGCAGUAGCGUGGUUGGCGGAGGAGCUGCGACGGCUAGGGUUUCAAUCCCGAGCGGCGUGCUGAAGACGAUCCAGCAGAUUAAAGAGAUCACUGGAAACCAUAGCGAUGAGGAGGUAUACGCGAUGCUCAAAGAAUGCUCCAUGGAUCCCAAUGACACUAUCCCCAGGCUUCUCUUUCAGGACACCUUCCAUGAAGUGAAAAGGAAACGCGAGCGUAGAAAAGAGAAUAUUAACAAGGAGCCUUUGGAGUCAAAGCCCAAACCAGCCACGAUGGGGCGGGGAAGUAAGGCUGACAGGAGAGGAUUGUCAUCUCGUUAUGCUUCUCAAGAUGGUGGUGGUGGUGGAAGGAACUCUGCUUCUGGAAAAGAAAAUGGAAGUAUCCAUGCUUUAGAGAAGAGCCUUAGCCCAACUUAUGUUUCUCCUCAUAAGGAGGAGAAGAGCAUUAUAAGGGGCACAUCAGUAGCCUCACCUAAUGCGCUCGAUGUUGGAACUUCUGCACCAACCACACAUACUGUCACUGGCAAAAUGGAGGGUCCACCGCAACAUGGAGCUCGGGUUGAUGCUAACAGAAGCCCUAAUGUUAGAAAAGGAAUAAGGGGUAAUCACGGGCUGGCAAUUCAAUCUUCAUCUGACUCCACUUCAUCAGACACUCAUUUGUCAGCUUCAGAUCCAGUGCUAUUACCUUCACAGGAUUCAAAGCCCACUGGUGCACUGGGUGGAAGUAAAUCAGAAGUUCGAACAGGAAGUGCUCCUGUUGCUGCCAUCUUCAACGACACCAUCACCACUUCUGAGACUUCUGAGGUGCGGUCAAAUGUGCAAGUAAAGAAGCCAACCGCAUUCCAGGGGGCUGGGAAGAAUAAGCUUGUAGUAUCUUCACAGGUGGACUCUAGUCAUGCUGGUUCCUCUCUUGGUAGGCCUUCAUCUAAUUACAACAACCGAUCACAAGCAAUUGGAUCGCAGAAAGCUGGCCCCGCUAAAGAGUGGAAACCAAAGGCUACAAAUUCAAACCCCUUGCCCGGAUCUGGUACAGUUUCUUCACCUGAAGCUCCUAAAAUUUCUGUGGAACCAAACAUCAUGUUAGAAUCUAGACAAGGUGCCUUUGAAACAAAAGAAGAAACAUUGGAGCUUCAAAAGAAGCUAGAAGAGGUGCACAUUUCAGAAGUUCAGCAUGUUAUAAUCCCAGAUCACCUACAUGUACCUGAAGCUCAAAAGCUUGGGUUUUUUUUUGGAAGUUUUGAUGCAAUUUAUGGGUCAAGCACAAGUUUUAGCACGGCUGCUGAGAAUGAAAAAAGUCCGCCCCAUUCUGAAACUUCUGAGGUCAUUGAAGGAACAACAACGGGGCAAAUUCCAAGCAAUGAAAGUGCGAUUCCAUCAGUAGAUGAAGCAGAUUUUUCUGAUAAUAAUCCAUUAUCAUCUUCACAUGGGGAAGAGAACCUGCCAUCUAAGGUGGGUGAACUAUCGCCCUCUGUUCCAGAGUAUGAUGAACCGAAACCAGAGAAUCUGCAAGGAGACCAUCAAUAUUCUGCUGGUCAGACACCACUUAGCUAUGGCUUUGUACCACCAAUUUUAGGCAGCAGCCAGGUUGGACCUUUUGAAAGCUCCGAAUCUCAGGCUCGUGAUGCAUCUCGGGUUUCUAACUUUGUUCAACCAUAUGACCCCACAAGCUACUAUGCUCAAUUGUAUCGUUCUGGUGUGGAUUGUGAUGGCCGCAUAUCACCUUUUCAUUCAACCGGUGUUCAUGCUAAGCUCAAUGGGAAUGUUGCUUUAAUGUCUCCGCCAACUCCACAGUCCAUUCAAGAGGGCGGAAGCACACUUGUUUUUUCUGCAGCAGCAACACCACUGGUGACUCAAACUGCUGCGGGGCUUGUCCAAAGUUCAAUAGCUGUACCCCCACCACCCCUCCCUGCUGUAUUUAGACAACCAACGGGAAUGCACCUCCCUCAUUUCCCGCACAACUAUAUUCCUUAUGGCCACUAUUUUUCUCCAUUUUAUCCUCCUCCAGCGAUCCAUCAAUUCUUUAGCAGUGGUGCAUUUCCUCAGCAACCCCCUGCUGGCAGUGUGUAUCAGCAGCCUCCUCCUCCAGGAUCAAUUGCCAAAUAUUCACUCUCUCAAUAUAAACAACAGCAGCAGCAGGGGGGAGGUAAUGCUCCCCCAAACCCUCCAACUUAUAUAGGACUUCCAGGCAGCUAUGGACCGUAUGCCUCUGCUACUACCAAUUACAAUCCCACUUCAACACCCGUGGCUGGUAAUCCGACAUCAACUGAUGACCGUUCUGCUUCACAGUUCAAGGAGAAUAAUAACGUUUAUGCCGGUAGUCAACAGACCGAAGGAUUGGGUGUUUGGAUAAGUGCAGCAGGUCGUGAUAUGUCUGGCUUGCAUGCUAGUUCAUUCUAUAAUCUUCCACUGCAGGGUCAAGUGACAUUUGCACCAACACAGGCCGGGCAUGGAACCUUUGCUGCAGGUAUUUACCAUCCAACCCCGCCAGUGACAACCCCAACUGGUCACCCACUUUUGCAGCAUUCCCAAAACAUGACCAUUCCCAAUGAUAUGGUGGGGCCUACAGCCAACGUCUAUCAGCAGCAGCCACAGCAGCAGCAUUCGCAGAUUAAUUGGCCAAGCAGCUAUUAAAAAUAGAGGUUCCCUUGGAUUUUUUUUUGCAAUUGGCAUUGACUUUUAGGCAAGGAGGAGACUGAGGUCGAAGAAAAAAAUGGUGAAAGAGGCAUGAAGAAAACAUAUUUAAAAGAUUUAAAAAGAAAAGGUCUAAAUAGUAUUUGGGAUUGCCUGGUUUGUGAUAGUAGUUCGGCAAGGGUUAGCGAUCCUCCUUAAAGAGAUGGUGCCAAUUGUAAAUUAGUUGAGCAGUUCCUUGUUGAAUUGUUUUGCCUUUCAUCACAUAGUUUAGUCCCUUUUAAGUAUGCAGCUUAUUAGCGCUAGGAAAGUUUCUAUAUUUUGCUUUCCUACCCUUUUGGAAGGUUAAGAACUCUCUGGAAAGCAGCAAGGUUUUGGGUGGGCUUUAGAGGAGUUUCUGUUACCUGUUUGGUUUUCUUGUAAAGUUAAUUUUGACGGCCAGAAAGGGUGUACUCUGUUGUAAUUGGUGAUCGGUAAAGCAAAAAAACUGUGGAAUUAAUUAUAUUUCACAUUGAUUUUUUUCCUAGACGGAUUAUAGCUUUAGUUUUAGUUUUGGAGUACUUGGCAAGUUAAUAGUCCCUUGCUGGUAUUUGUUGAAUGAAAUGUAAAUACAAUAGGGCAUGUUUUGUACUUAUGGAGUAUAUUUAUUUUUGAAAAGAACUUAUGG